CACAACGGCACUAUAUGUCGGCGCACUGCCCACAAGGCUAUUGGCGCCGACACAAUUACAUAUUUUAAGGGUUAAAUACAUGUGUGCAUCCCCUUCACACGUUCAUAUUGCAUUUCAUUUGAAAUGUUUAACUUCCUGUUUAACUUCCUCUAUUUUUCUUUUAGACAUACCUGCUAUGGCAAAUUCCCUGAAGGCAAAUGUAACACUGAAGGCAGAGAAGGAGAUCAGAGAGGAGAAAGAGGGAGCUAAAGAAAUGGCUGACACCUUGGAUGAGCCUGCAGAGGAGGAAGAGGAUGAAGAGGAGAGAAAGGCACGGGAGGCAGCAGCCAGAGAGAGAGCCACUCAGAGGCAGCUCAUGGCGAUAGAGGAGCUGGUGCAGACAGAGAGGAACUACCUGAAACAUCUGCAGCUCUGUACGGUCACCAUCCACAACAACCUGCAGAAACUACAGCCUCCUCCCCCAAACCUGGAGAACAUGUUUCAGCACAUAGAUGAAGUGAUGGAUGUUUCCAGCAGACUCCUGAGCCUCCUCAACCAGACACAGAUACGUCACAGUGACCCGAAAUACCUGGAAACUCUCUGUGACUAUUUUCUGAGUCUGUCUCAAGAUAUAGAGAUGGCUUAUAAAGAGUAUCUUGCCAACUACAACAACAUCACUGCUCUAGAGAACAGCUACAAACAGAAAGAGGCCUUGUGGGUGGAAAUGAUCCGAAGCGUCAAGUCAUCUGCUCCUGAUGUGAAUGCAUCCACUCUGAGCUUCUUCCUGGUGAUGCCAGUUCAGAGGAUCGCCCGUUACCCACUGCUGCUCCAGACCAUCCAGAAACACACAGACCCCGGGCACCCUGCCUACCCAAAACUGGAGCACACCGCUCACACUGCGGUCCAGAUCAACUGCAGGAUCAAUGAAUACAAACGCUUCCGUGAAGUCGCUGACAAAUACAAGAAGACAGAGAACCUGACCAUCAAGGACAAGAUCAAUCGGCUGAGUGGCCACAGCAUUGCCAAGAAGACGGCCCGGUUCAGCCAGUACAUAAAGCAUGAGACAGGAAUGGUGCAAAAGUUAAAGGAUGAAGAAUUCGAUGCCCUUGCUGGCUUCUUCUUCGUCCUGGAGAGGGGCGUCUCAGAGCUUCAUGAUAACCUGGAGGCCUAUCUCCACCAUCUGCAGAGGUUCCUCAGCUGCAGACCAGAGGAAGCAGAUCUUGAUCUGGAAGGAGAGAAAACCGCCUUGUUCUCUAAAGAAAUCACAGUGGCACUCAGACAGUGGAUCUACCCCUCAUAUGAUGAGCGUUUGAAGACUUUAGUCUUUAAGCCCUUGAGCUCACUGCGGGAACUGAUGGCAGGACCACGUAACCUCAUCCGCAAACGUCAGGACAAGCUUCUGGACUAUGAGCUAAUCGAGGAGAAGAGUAACCUGAACUUUGAGGAGCAAGCCAUAGCGAACACCUACAAGACCAUCAACACUCUCCUGCUGACCGAGCUGCCGCAGUUCAACAGCAAAGCCCUGCAGCUCCUGUGGGCCACGCUAGAAGCCUUCAGCUGCCUGCAGAGAGACCUGGCGGCUGAUAUGGAGCAGCUGGCCACCAGCUUCACCCAUCAGCUCCCACACAGUCAUUUGGAGGAUGGCGAGUUCUGGAAGUGGGCAGAGACUUCAGUGCUGGAGGGUUCGAGGAGGAUGGAGAGCCUGUGUCAGAGUGUUCAGGAUGAGCUCAAUGCUCCCAUUGUGCAGGCACUCAAUGCCGUGUGUGAGCAGCGUCUCAAGGCUCUGACCGCCAAACACGGCUCGGAAAAGAUCUACCAGCUGACAGGCCCUGUGGUGGGCACCCGUGACCUUGACCUGACCCUCAACAAGGGAGAGCUGGUAGCUGUCGUCAGUGAGAUGGACACGCGAGGAGACCGUCGCCGCUGGCUGGUUGAUGCAGGAGGCCCAAGGGGUUAUGUGCCUGCCUUAAAACUGACACGCUACCACCAGAUAACCGUUGACCCGCCGCAGUCUCCUCAUCUGAAGGUCACACCCACCGUUCCAGGACCCCGAAGGCACUCCUACACACCCGGAGCCCAGCCGCUCCCAACCACCAUGACCAAGCCCUGUUUUCAGGUGUAUGCGGGCUAUGACUUCACUGCGAGGAGCACUCACGAGCUUUCUCUGAGGGCCGGCGAGCCAGUGCAGGUGGUGGAGCCUCAUGAUAAGCGUGGAAACAAGGAAUGGAGUCUGGUGGAGGCGCGUGGCCAGAGAGGCUACGUCCCCUCUAACUACCUCGCCAUCCUCCCCUCUGUGAUCGCCUCACCUACCUUCCCUUAUCGCUAGAAUAUCCUCGAGAGCACAUCAUCUGCUGCUGAUACGACUGCUAGCCAGUAUCCAAACACACACAGACCAUGAGAAACACUUUCCCUGAAGGGCUCUUCAUGCAUGAGGGGGCGGAUGGCUGCUGUUUGAUGCGUCAUUUGACUGGUGUAUGUACUGGAGUGGUGCUUGGGCCCUGCUGUGGAGUGGUCAUCCAUAUACUUGAUCUCAGCUUUUUGCCUGGGGCUGUUACUGGUGGAGAUCGUUUUAUCCAAUGAGAGAAGUGCUGCAGGGGCAGCAGACAUGCUGUUGUAGCACAUGGCUGCUGGUGGAGUGUGCUGUUUCCUACAAUUACCACUUGGAUCCACACCUCAGCUGUCCACUGGAAUGACUCUUUUGGCGGGCCUGGUACUACUUUGCUAUAAGAAAUGGAGAAUAUUUGGAUUUUUACUGCUGAGAAUGGAUCUCAUUUUAUGAGUCAGACCUCUUUUGCACUGGUUUCCAGCCUUUUGAGAUGAUUAACAUGCAGACUUGAAGACAAGAUCUUUCAAAACAUUCUUACAGAAUUCUUGCUUGUGCACCAUUUUAAUAAUACUUGAUGGUUUUUAGUUAUUACAAAUUGUACAGUGGAUCUAAAAAGUAUUUGGACACUUGGACAUGCUUCAAAUGUAUGCAUG